UGUUAGUUGUUGAUGUUGAAGGUGGAUGAUGAUGCAGAGGAGCCCAAGAUCUCCGUCGUCGUCGUCGUCGCAGCCGUAUUUGUCAGCCUCCGUCACCGAUCCAGUCAAAUCAGGCAAUGGCGUUCAGGCUUACAUCUCUUACAGAGUCGUCACCAAGGCUUUCAUUCUUAUAGCUUGCGACAUUAUGUAAAUCGUGUGAUCAAGGAUAGCGUUACACCCUGAGCUUCAGCAGAGUGAGGAUCUUAGGACCUUUUUGCAAGCUGAUGAAGAGACAAUGGAAAGAUUCAGGUUUCAGGAAACUGGUAUAUUCAAGACCAAGCCUGCUGAUCUUAUGCAAAUGUUUUGGGAUGUGCAAUCAAAAGUUAGUGAUGCUGUCCUCGGAAAGGAAAAACCUGUCGAAGAAACUACUCCUGAAUACGAGAAGCUUAAACACUACGUUUUCGAGCUUGAGAACCACUUAGCUGAGGCUCAGAAGCAUGCAUUUCGCCUCGUCAAGAGGCAUAGAGAACUGGGUCAGUCACUGUUGGAUUUUGGCAAAGCUGUAAAACUUCUUGGGGCUUGUGAGGGUGAACCUACAGGAAAAGCAUUCUCCGAUCUUGGAACUAAAUCCGAACUGCUAUCGAUUAAGCUCCAGAAAGAGGCUCAACAAGUUUUGAUGAACUUUGAGGAACCGUUGAAGGACUAUGUACGCUAUGUGCAAUCCAUCAAGGCGACAAUAGCAGAACGAGGCACUGCAUUCAGGCAACAUUGUGAAUUGGCAGAAACAACAAAGUUAAAGGAAGUAAACCUUGACAAACUAAUGCUCACACGUUCUGAUAAAGUAGGAGAAGCAGAGAACGAAUACAGAGAGAUAAAAGCAGAAAGCGAGGAAGCAACGAUAAGAUUUGAGAAGAUAGUGAAGAGAAUGAACGAGGAGAUAGUGAGGUUCCAAGAACAGAAGACGGAAGAGAUGGGAGUUGCGUUUCAUCAGUUUGCCAAAGGACAAGUUCGCUUAGCAAACGGUGUCGCUGAUGCUUGGAGAUCUCUUCUUCCAAAACUUGAAGCUGUUUCUUCUUCUGUUUAAAACAAAACUUGGCCGUGUCUUUUUUGUUGGUUUCUAACAGUUUCUGGUGUAUUUUUGUCAACUUCAACGUUAGUAACUUUGUUCGUUUUCUUCCACUUGUAAAAAUACAGAUCGAGAGCAUCACAUGUUGAGAUUGAGAUUUGAGAGCAUGGUAAGACUUCUAAACCA